GCUCUCAAAACAAAGGAAGACAGUCCUCGACUGCAGAGGAAGCAGGAAGAGCCGACCCUGCUCGGAGCCCAGCUGCUCGGGCCUGGGACCAGCGGGAUGGAGUCCGUGGCCCUGUACAGCUUCCAGGCCACGGAGAGUGAUGAGCUGGCCUUCAACAAGGGGGACACACUCAAGAUCCUGAACAUGGAAGAUGACCAGAACUGGUACAAGGCUGAGCUCCGAGGCGCUGAGGGCUUUAUUCCCAAGAACUACAUCCGCAUCAAGCCCCAUCCGUGGUACUCGGGCAGGAUUUCCCGGCAGCUGGCCGAAGAGAUUCUGAUGAAGCGGAACCACCUGGGAGCCUUCCUGAUCAGGGAGAGUGAGAGUUCCCCUGGGGAGUUCUCCGUCUCCGUGAACUACGGUGACCAGGUGCAGCAUUUCAAGGUGCUGCGCGAGGCCUCGGGGAAGUACUUCCUGUGGGAAGAGAAGUUCAACUCCCUGAACGAGCUGGUGGAUUUCUACCGCACCACGACCAUCGCGAAGCAGCGGCAGGUCUUCCUGCGGGACGAGGAGCCCCUGCUCAAGCCCUCCCAGGCCUGCUUUGCCCAGGCCCAGUUUGACUUCUCGGCCCAGGACUCCUCACAGCUCAGCUUCCACCGCGGUGACAUCAUCGAGGUCCUGGAGCGCCUUGACCCCCACUGGUGGCGGGGCCGGUUGUGCGGACGCAUUGGCUUCUUCCCGCGGAGCUACGUCCAGCCAGUGCAGCUGUGACCGCAGUGGGGCCCGGGGGCGGGGACAGAGCCGGCAGAUCAUCCAUCCACCAGACACUGAGGUCCAGAGAGAAGACAUGGACACCCCGUCCCCGGGACCCACGGGACUCAGCCGACGGUCUUCGACCUGAACGUGGGUCUUCUCACUGCCGGGCUAGGCGCCCACUGCUUUGCAGAAACUGGAAUGGGCCCCGGGGCCCAAGAACCACUGUGAUGUUCAGUGCCCAGCAGGCAAGGGGAGCUCCCGGGGCUUCCCGCUGGUCUCUUCCUCUUGGCUACCAGCUGCAGGGUGCCCUUGGGGGAAGAAGCCCCCCCACCUCCGGCCAUCACUGGCCCCAACCUCAGGGAGAGUUGAGGACUCCUAGGUUGCAGGCUUUGGGGGCUCUGCCCAAGGAAGCAUGCGUGUGGUUCAUGGGUUCACCUUGGGCUGACCAUCUGCUGGGCCCACCUGCUCCACCCUCAGAUGGCCCCUUGAGGGGUGCUGGCUACUGGGAAGGUGGCUUAGUGAUGAGGGAGAGGAUGGGGGCUGCACACCCGGUGGCCUGGACCAAUGGACUGACUCCAGGUAGAGACCGACUUCUCGGCAGCCCCAUGAAACUUUGGGCUCCACUUGGGUGUCCCACACCCCCGCCCCACCACGGACACUUUGUGGAGACCCACAGGAGGUGGGCAGUGAUGAAGGACACAGAGGGAGGCUCUCCUCUCCAGCAGGCGCAACACAAUGGACAAGCUCCAUGGGGCGGGCCCAGGGCGCGGACCCUUGGAGGACCUGCCCACCCUGGCUCUCGUUUGCUGGGGUCCAAGUUCUGCCCAGACCCAGGCCCCCAAGCUCAGCGCAACUACAGGCCAGGUGGGAAGUCAGGGCCACGGCUGGACUGGAAGGUCUAACGGCAUCUGGAAUGGGACCCUGGCUUGAGGAAAGGUGGGGUGUCCACACAGAAUGUGCAACCAGCAGGAGGUAGCAAGGGGCACCUGCCCAGGGCCUUGGCACCUUUGGGAGCAGGAAGAGUGAGGGGGACUCAGAAAGCGCUUUGGAUGCCAGGCUGGUGGAGGAGGGGGCAGUGAGCGGGAAGGCAGGGAGAGGAAGAUCUCAUGGCAGCUGGGAGCACAUGGGAUGGGGGUAAGAGCCCAGGGAGGGGGCCCUAGGCUCGCCCUCUGCCCAGGGCUGGCCAGUGGCCCUUCAAGUCCUGAGCUGCUCCUGACCUGGGCCUGUGUUUUCAAAAUAAAAACAGUAAACUGA